UCUGAAUAUAUUAUAGUUACGCUAUCAGCCAUCUCCCAUGUGGUUCAGACCACCCAGUUAUGUUUGGCUCUUCCGGUUAAGUAGCUUUACCGGCGGACUGCGUGUGUUAGCGAGUCCCUCCUGCUGCCCCGCACCGACAUUUCAGCGCAGUUCUCCUUUACUCUUCACCCGGAAUUUCACUAUGCAGCCCAGCCGAAAUGUAGCUAGCAGUUGCGGCGAAGCGUGUUUAGGCAAAACAAAUAGUUCUGGGCCGGAGCUUUACAGCAGCAACAUUUCCACUGUCAUUACAGAAGACGCAGGUCCUCCGGAUGAGAAGAAGAAGGAGCAAGUGCACAGUACGCUUCUUGUGAACCAGAGACACCUGAGGACCCCGAGCCCUCAGACUGGGGCCAACUGCGAUGACGACUCGGAGGCAGAGGCUUUCCGGGAUGGGAGAAGCGAGGAGGUCGACAGGGACACAAGGGACAGGGCCAUAAAUUGGUGCCGAGACUUUCUUUCUGGGUCGUGGAAGACCAUUGAAGAUGCUGAUUUUCAAAUCAGCAUUGUCAGUGGUGGACUGAGUAAUUUGCUGUACCUGUGUAGUUUGCCCGACCAUGUGCAAUGUGUGGGACAGGAACCUCGCCAGGUGCUCCUCAGGAUUUAUGGUGCCAUUUUACAGGGAGUGGACUCUCUGGUGUUGGAGAGUGUGAUGUUUGCCAUUCUUGCAGAAAGGGCAUUAGGCCCAAAACUUUAUGGCAUCUUCCCCCAGGGACGCUUGGAACAAUACCUUCUGAAUACUCGCAUGUGCACCGAACAACUUUCAGAUCCAGCCAUCUCAGCUGAGAUUGCCAACAAGCUGGCACGUUUCCAUAACAUGGUUAUGCCCUUUAACAAAGAGCCUAAGUGGCUGUUUGGGACCAUUGAUAAAUACAUGGCUCAAGUGCUGAAAAUUAAUUUUGUACGUGAUGCACAUGUGAAGAAGUACAAGAAGUUGAUGAAGCUAGACCUUCCUGCUGAGCUGAAGAGCCUCCGUGCUUUGCUGGCAGCGACUCCCUCACCAGUGGUAUUUUGCCACAAUGACGUUCAAGAAGGCAACAUCCUUAUGCUGGAAGACAAAACGCAUUCCUCAAGGGACAAACUCAUGCUCAUCGACUUUGAAUACAGCAGUUACAACUACAGGGGUUUUGACUUCGGGAACCAUUUCAGUGAGUGGAUGUAUGACUACACCUACAAUGAGUGGCCUUUCUACAAAGCCACACCAGAGAACUAUCCAACCAGGGAGCAGCAGCUUCUUUUUAUUAGAAGUUAUUUGGCAGAACAAAGCAAAUUCACUAACGUUGCUGUGGACCAGACACAGACUGAAGAAGAUAUGAUAAUCGAAGCAAACAGAUAUGCAUUGGCAUCACACUUCCUCUGGGGGCUGUGGUCCAUCAUUCAAGCUAAGAUAUCCAAGAUUGAGUUUGGAUACAUGGACUACGCCCAGUGUCGUUUUGAUGCCUACUUCAAGCAAAAGAAGCUCUUCAGUUGACUUCCGAUAUGUUAAUCAGGGUGUACUGUCUCAUUUAUGUUAUCUUUCUUCAAGCUUGUCUCAUGCCUUUGUCAACAUUUUGCAUCCAUAUUUUUGAAACUAUACCUGUCUGCUUAUGGUGAAGCGGGGGAAAAAAGACAUUUUAAGGCGAUACACAAGUACGCUCUACACCUCAAGCAGUUACUCACGAAUAACCUGACUGAAAUGUUGUCAUCAUUUAGGGAACUCAGUUGAUUCACAGCUGGUUUAUGUUAUGUUAUGGUUUAUGCAUUUCAUUUCCUUGGACCACUUUUGGACAUUUUUUUUUUUUGUGUGUUUUCUAUGGAUGUCAAAGACCAGAGAAUGAAUGUCCUUUUUCAUUUGAAAUUUUGCCUGUAUUAGUUAUAUUUAGUGUAUAUUAAACCAAUACUGUUGAGUUCAGCAUGAGACAUGUUUGUAUAAAAGUCUACCUCUCACUUGCAAUGUUUGUAGUGUGUAUUGUUUUCAUCUUAAAGGGCUGAUUACAACUGUGUCCUGUGAGGGAAUAACUUAGAUUAUAAUUACAUAGUCACUCCAUACAUCAUAACUCUUUCCUGUUUUAGGUUUUACUGAAGACCAUGUGAAAAUAUUCCACUCUAGUUAUUCUUUAAAUGUUCAUAGAAUUAAGUUAUAAGCUUGCCUGCUUUCAGCAAGUUAUUAUGUGAAGGCUUUUUAUUUAUACUCUUUCAUCACUGUAGUCAACAAUACUGUCAGUUUAAGCAAUUAAUUAAAAAGUGUAAAGCUGUUUUCACAUAUGAACUGCAGCGCUGAGCUUUUCUAGACAUUACCCUACAGAAAUGUAUGUUUUGGCCAUUAAAAACACAAAGUUUAUGAGGUGUCUCAUCACAUUGAUGUGAGAAUUGUAUGGCAACUCCUGCAUGCUUUAUCCAGACAGCACCCUCGCCUUACUCACACAGUCCUUCCUGUAAUAAGAACACAUCUGAAACAGACUCUUUCCUCUUAUGUGCUACAUCAGAACUUGAAGCAACAUGAAGAGUUCAUGUGUGAAAAUGGCUUGAAGCAUUUGUCUGUAAUUUUUGUCCUUGUCACUAUAUAAGAUAACUGUUAUAGUUGCAUUUCUGCUGCAUCAGCUGUCUGCCUUUUUAACUCAGUUUUAUUUCUACUUUUCUCUUUUGUCUGCAAAUAAUAGCUUGACAUUCUUACCUAAUAGAAAGUUAUGGCAAAUGUGUAAGUUUCACCAAUAAUGAAAAAGUGUGUUGCAGUCACUUCCUGUAGUUCAUUUGAAUGGUAAUUUUUUUAAAAUUGCUUUAUUGUGCUUUUAUUUAUUUUGACUGUCUUGUAUUACACUGAAUGUUCAGUAAUUUUGCAAUAAAUAAGGUCUCCAUAACAAUGUUUUUUUUUAUU